AUGAAUUCUCAAGAUCAAUCUUCUGAUCAAGCUCCGGCUCAAGAUCAAUCAUCUAAUGAUCAAGCUCCGGCUCAAUCAUCUGACAGUCAAACCCCAGUUGAUUUCACACUUUUCCCACAAAUUCCCCUAGACAUACGAGUCAUGAUCUGGAAGGCUACUUUAACUCCUCGUGUGUUUAGUAGACGAUGCUUGAGCCCUAACAGCAACCAAUCUCUAUAUUCUGUCAACAUCUCUUCUUUACUUAGUGUUAAUGCAGAGACCAGAUAUGAAGCGUUAAAAUGCAAAAGUCCACUACUCAUAGACCCCGACUUUGUCAAGAAGGUUCAAGUAUCUCCCGAGGUUUUUAUGAAUUCUUCUUGGACUUGGAACCAGAUGUUACGGAACUGGCAAGAUAAUUACCACAGAUUUGAGGACAUCGGACUUGGGUGGUACGAAAUGAAUCGACAUCGCAUCAUGUUCACAUACUUACGAUUUAACAAUUUGAACGAGUUCAUUCUUCAGGAUGUUGAUUGCGCUCUUCCACAUAAACUUGAUUCUCCGGACACGAGAGCAACAUGUAAGAGAUUUCUGAGCACUAUGUUCCAGGCCGAAAUAACUCGCGAGUCGAAAGCUCAUAUCCAAGUCUCAAUUCCGAUAAUCAUUGUCCUUCCAGGUGCAAAGUAA